UAGCCCAGCCUAACUGCCAGCAGCUCCUAGCUACUCUGUGGUAUGAUGGAUUCCCCGGCUGGAGGAGGAGACACUGGGCUGUCAAACUAGUGACCUGUUUCAUCAUAGGACUGCUGUUCCCUGUCUUCUCAAUGAUCUACCUCCUAGCCCCCAAGUCUUCCCUGGGUGUGUUUGUGAAGAAACCCUUCAUCAAGUUUAUCUGUCACACAGCCUCCUAUCUGAACUUUCUCUUCCUCCUCCUCCUCGCCUCCCAACACAUCGCCAGGACCAAGCUACACAUGCAGGGUCCUCCGCCUACUGUUGUUGAAUGGAUGAUACUACCGUGGGUACUGGGUUUUAUCUGGGCUGAGAUUAAGGAGAUGUGGGAUGGAGGUUUUACAGAGUAUAUUCAUGACUGGUGGAACCUGAUGGACUUUGCAAUGAACUCCCUCUACCUGGCUACUAUAUCACUGAAGAUUGUAGCUUACGUUAAGUACAACUCCUCCCGUCCUAGAGAAGAGUGGGAGAUGUGGCACCCUACCCUGAUAGCAGAAGCAUUGUUUGCUAUAGCGAAUAUCUUCAGUUCUCUGCGCCUCAUCUCCCUGUUCACGGCCAACUCCCACCUGGGGCCCCUACAGAUCUCAUUGGGAAGGAUGCUCCUGGAUAUCCUCAAGUUCCUCUUCAUCUACUGUCUGGUCCUGCUAGCGUUUGCCAACGGUCUGAAUCAGCUGUACUUCUACUACGAGACCAACGCCUCAGAUGAACCCAACAACUGCAAAGGCAUCCGCUGUGAGAAACAGAAUAACGCCUUCUCAACGUUGUUUGAGACCCUCCAGUCUCUGUUCUGGUCCAUCUUCGGCCUGUUAAACCUGUACGUGACCAACGUUAAAGCUCGUCAUGAGUUCACAGAGUUCGUUGGUGCCACCAUGUUUGGAACCUAUAACGUGAUCUCUCUGGUGGUUCUGCUCAACAUGUUGAUCGCCAUGAUGAACAACUCCUACCAACUCAUAGCUGACCAUGCAGAUAUAGAGUGGAAGUUUGCCCGGACCAAGUUAUGGAUGAGUUAUUUUGAUGAGGGGGGUACUCUGCCCCCUCCCUUCAACAUUGUUCCCAGUCCUAAAUCAGUGUGGUACCUCUGCCUGUGGGUUCAUCAUAGACUCUGUAGGAGAGGAGCGCCCCCUGCUGACGACACAGACAAACACCACGACCUGCAAGAGUUCACGGAGCGUCAUGCAGACAGCCUGAUACAGAAUCAACAUUAUCAGGAAGUGAUCCGUAGCCUGGUGAAGAGGUACGUGGCGGCCAUGAUACGCAGCGCCAAGACGGACGAGGGCCUGACCGAGGAAAACUUUAAGGAGUUGAAGCAGGACAUCUCCAGUUUCCGUUACGAGGUGUUAGAUCUCCUUGGUAACCGCCGGCCCCCCAGAUGCCACUUCUCUUCCAGCAGUGAAGCCACACUUAGAAAUGAGGGAGGAACCAGUGACGAAGGGGGGCCUGACCCUGACCUUGACCCCUCCCUGGGGUCGCAGGAGGGGAGUGGAGCCAAGAGGUCAAAGGGCGUGACCUUUCUGACCCCGACAGGAAGCAUGGAGAAGAAGAAGAAGCCUAAAUAUGGCGUCUCCGCGCUGGUCCGGAGUAUUUCAGGAAUGGAAGUGGUAUCCAUGACGAGGGAGGAAGAGGAGCAGGAAGGAUGGGGGGAGGAGGGAUGGGAGGAAGAUGAGGAAGAGGGUAAACCAAAGAGCAACGGGGUGAGGAGAGAAGCCGUUCCGUCCUCUUCUUCUUUUAUCUUCCCUUCUUUCCCUUCUUCCUCCACCUCCGUCUCCUUAUCCUUCGCUCGCACUCGGAGUCGUCUCCAGCAGUUGUCGUCGGCGACGUCCAAUAAGACAACAGACUCCUUUAAGCGCCUCGGCUUACUGUUCUCACGCAAAUCCCCGCCCCUUCCCCUCUCCGUUGGCCAAUCUCCUCCUUCCUACACCAUCUCUGACGGCUUGCUCCGCCCCCUGAGAGGUCGCGGGUCAUAUGACCUCGGUUCGGUGGGUCAUGUGACCCGCAGCGAGAUGCACCUGAACCAGGUCGGACAUACUAACCCGGUCGGAGCCCCUCCUGUUUCCUCCGGACGAGCCAAUGGGAGGGACUCUCUGCUAACCUUGCCCCUCCCACCUCCCUGUCCCUGCCAAUCCCUGCACUGUGCUUCCAAUAUGGUCGACUCGAGCUCCCACCUCCUGGACUCCAGCGAGAGCGUCUUCGAGGGAGGAGGAGGGGGCAGGGUUUUGGGAGAGGGGUGGGUGGGGCCUUGUGAUGUCAUAGAGGACUCCGGCGGCAUCGACGACUCUGUCACUACACAACUGUAGAAGGCUGUCAUUUGUUUCCAUGGUUACCUAACUACCGGUACUUUCCUAGCAAACACAAAGCCAUGAGGGACAUGAGUGAUGUCGCAUGUUUGAUGUCAUAGACCCUAAACCCCCCCCACAUCUUACCGAUGAUGUCACUGGUGAUGUUAUACAGACUGUUGCUCUCCCCGUUGUGGGG